AUGGCUCUCGAUAAUGAUCUCUUUGCCCAGUGUAUACUUUAUUUUUUGGCUUUUCUCUUUGGGUUUAUCGCCGUAGUUCCGUUAUCUGAAAACGGUGAUGAUUUCCAAAGGAAAUGUCUGCUAUUCACUCGGGGGAUGUGGCAGAACGAGAACAUCACAGUGGAGAAACAGAGGUUCAUUGUAGAGGAAUGGGGGCCAGAAUCUGCUUGUUGUUUCAGCACUUUCGUUGGGAUAGUGUCCCUCAUUGUAUCUGCAGUGCAGGCGUGGAGAAUACUAUUCUACCUCUGCAAGGGUCCCGAUGACUCUUUCUUUUAUGCCUUCGUAAAUCUGCUGGCGAGUUCCUUUGUGGUUUUUAUCGUCUUUGUUGCCAGCACAAUUGUCAGCGUGGGAUUUAACAUGUGGUGUGAUGCCAUCACUGAAAACGGAAGCAUGCCAAACAGCUGUGAGGAGCUACAGGAUACUGAUUUGGAACUACAUUUGGACAACUCCUCCUUUUAUGACCAGUUUGCCAUUGCACAGUUUGGACUGUGGGCUGCCUGGCUGACAUGGCUGGGAAUCACUAUACUGUCUUUCCUAAAAGUCUACCACAAUUACCAACAGGAAGACCUGCUGGACAGCCUGAUCCAUGAGAAGGAGCUUCUGCUGGGGAGGUCUUCCAGACGAGGAUCAGAUCUGGAUGACAAGAGUGGCAUGAUCUAA